UUCACCUAACAGACUUUGAGUUUUGAAUUUUGGUGAUACUUCUGUCUUCGUCCACCAUGAGCACUCAGGCCGCUGACAGCAUACCUGGUCCAGCAGAAAGUGAGCAGGAGCAGGAGCCGUUGAGGAUCAUGCUUCUUGGAAAAUGUGGUGUAGGCAAGAGCUCGAGUGGGAACACCAUCCUCAAUAAAAUGGUGUUCUGUUCAGAGAUGAAGCUGGCCAGCAUCACUGUUCACUGUGAAAAAGAGUCCGCGGUGGUUGGAGAUGUACCUGUUGAUGUGAUUGACACACCUGGGCUUUUCGAGAAGGGAAGCAACAAGGAGGACAUCAUCCGAGAGAUUCUUCAACGCCUGAAACUCCAGGAACCAGGACCCCACGUCUUUGCAUAUGUUAUUCCUUUAGGAAGGCUGACUCAGGAAGACCAAGACACCCACACGCUGAUUGAAGCAAAGUUUGGCCCAAGAGUGUGGGACUACACCAUCGUGCUGUUCACCCACGGGGAUCGCCUGGAAGACAAAACAAUAAACAACAUCAUUACUGAGAGUGACGAGAACCUCCGCAACUUCAUACGCAAGUGUAGCGGUGGCUUCCACGUCUUCAACAACAAAACCCCGGAGGACCAGAAGCAGGUCACAACUUUUAUGGAGAAGAUCGAGACCCUGGUGGCCCUGAAUGGAGGUAGUUACUACAAGACAGAGCUGUAUCCUGAGAAGGAGAGGAAAAUCAGAAAAAGACAGGAAAGCAUCCUUGCAGAGAGAGAUGAAGAAAUCAGCAAAAAGGAGGGAAAUCUGAGGGAGCAUUACAAGGAUGAAGAGCUAAAGAAGAUGAAGACAAAGCUGUGGAGAAAAGAGGAGGAAAGGGCAAGAAAAGAUGCAGAGAGGGAGUUGUACAGCAAGUCCUACCUCAUGAAGAGCAUCCUGUUACUGGCUGUAUUGUGUCUACUGUUAUGUUGCAAUCUUGGGGUAGCAGCUAAAUGGCUUUGUGUUAUAGGAAUCAUUUUGAUUGUGGUGUCUUUUAAGAUUUUUCCAAUUAUUCCAGGAAAAAUACCAGGUCUUUCUAAGAAAAAGAAAUAGAUGAGCUUUUACUGUGUUAGUGAUUUAUCAUUCAAAUGUGUGACAGAUGAUAUAUCGAAGUGAUUUAAUUAACAAAAAUAAUUUUCAUACAUAUUUGUCUGUCCAUAGUUAGAAAAUAUAGUCAUCUGAUAUCAUCUCAUUGAUCUCAUAUUUAAUCAGAUAACAGAACUGUAAAAAUGCUAAUGAAAACAAUAUUUAAAGUACUACACAAAAGUCUCGGCCGACCACUUUUUCUUUAUAUUUUACUAGGAAAAAAAGUAAAUGCAAGGAUAUGCGGACAUAUACAUGGAAAUACAA